CUAAAACAAAAAGGGCAUAGUCAUAUGCCUAAUAUUUUAUAUGUAAUGGACUUCAAGAUAAUGGCCUUGCCUAAGACAAACCAUUAACCAUAUGCCUAAUUUUUUUUAUAUAUAAUGGAAUUCAAGAUAAUGUCCUUGCCAUUUGCCUGUAAGACAAACCACAUUAAGGCAGCAGUUCUUAGCGCACAACACAGAAAACGUAAAAUAGAUUGUUCAUCCGGUGAAAACCAAUCGAAGGGACUGGAUCUUGAACAUAAAAUACUUUUGGGUUUAAGAUUCGAUCUAAGGGAGUCCUAUCAAUUGUUCGAGGUAAUACAUUGGUAUUUCAAAAAUUGUACUAGAAUGCAGGUGACGGCGAGGAUCGCGUUGGCUAGAGGAUUCGAGUGGCAUAUUCCUGGGUUCAAAUUCGAAACCAUUGAUAAAGGGCAAAAUAUUUUCAUCACUACACCACAAUUCAUAUUGGGCUCGAAUUCAAGGCCUCUGAUUAAGGCAUAGUAGUCUCACCACUACACC